GGCUGGGCAGCUGCGAUGAGGGGCACAAGCUGCGUGGGUGGCGGCGGAGAGAGCCCGGGCGGCGCGGGACUGAGCGAGGGGCCGCGGGGACGCUGGCUGCGCCUGGCCCCGGUCUGCGCCUACUUCCUUUGCGUGUCGUUGGCCGCCGUGCUGCUCGCCGUGUACUACGGUCUCAUCUGGGUGCCCACGCGGCCCCCCGCUGGCCCCGCCGGCCCGCCGUCCAGCGCACCGCCCCCGCCGUGUGCUGCCCUCCCGGGGCGCCCGCCCGCCCCGGCCGCCGCCCGCGGCUUCCGUCUCUCCUCCUGGGCGGCCCGGCUGGGCCAAACGACCCUAGCUCGAGUUGCCGGCAGCGCGCGCCGCCGCCGCCCGAGCAGCCCGACCGCCGGAGAAGCGCCCGAGGCCGCGGCGGGGCGAGGACCCGGGUAG